AUCGUCUUCUUCCUUCCUAUGAACCAGUGCACGUCAAUCGAGCCCCUUUUCCAACUGCGACCUGAAUUUCUAGGGUUUCUCAUUCUAUCUUCCCCUUAUUCUUGUUCUAUUCUCAAUAGUAUAAUCGGAAAUGGCUCUGUCUCAGAAGCUUCACGAAGCGUUCAAAGGGGCGGUGGAGAGGAUCACGAGCCCUUGGACUGUCUCUGCAUUCAAGGAGAAAGGCGUCCUCAGCGUCACCGAAUUCAUACUCGUUGGCAAUAAUCUCGUCUCCAAGUGCUCUACCUGGUCCUGGGAAUCUGGCGAGCCAAGCAAGAUAAAGUCAUAUUUACCCUCUGGAAAACAAUUUUUGAUCACCAGAAAUGGUAAAUGAUAUUUUUGCUUCCCUUGUAGAGUAGCUAGAUAAGUAUU